UUAAACAUCCAAAAUGGAAAGCAAAUAAUAAGCUGAGUUUUUUGGACGAAAAAAAAGGAAAAGUGGCGGUCCUUUCGCUUCGAUAACAUCAAGAUCAAGAUCGACGGCGUUUCACUGGAGUGAUUCUAGUGAAGCUGCUUCUGCUGAGUGCCGGAGGUUCCGACGGACAGCGGUGGAGCUGAGCGGAGAGUGAGUCGGAGGAAGCUGAAGCAUGGCGCUCUAUUAUUCGAGUUUCACAGCGUUUGCUUGCCCGAAUCGACUCUUGUCGUCUCGGCAACGGCAACCGAAUCAUUUUCCUUAUGUUUCGAACAAUUUAAUCUCGUUUACUCGUCACUGCCGAGACCUAAGUCUACCGUGCUUGGCUAUUUCGCUGUAUCCGAAAGCUACGAUUUCUCAUGUAUUUACUGUUACGGCGCGUGCAACGCCAGAGCCUCUUAGAAUCAAGAUAUCCGGUGCUCCUGCUUCAGGCAAAGGCACACAAUGCGAACUUAUUACUUGGAAAUAUGGUUUGGUGCAUAUCGCAGCUGGAGAUUUACUCAGGGCAGAAGUCAAUAGUGGCAGCAAAAAUGGGAAGCUAGCGAAAGAUUACAUGGAGAAAGGACUAUUAGUUCCUAAUGAAAUAGUCGCGCUGAUGGUAAAGGAGCGGCUGUCACAACCUGAUGCUCAGGAAAAUGGUUGGCUCUUAGAUGGUUAUCCUAGGAGUUCUUCUCAAGCAAAUGCUCUUAAGGAAGUUGGCUUUGAGCCUGAUCUUUUCAUUCUUCUUGAAGUCCCCGAAGAAAUUCUUGUUGAGAGAGUUGUUGGAAGAAGACUGGAUCCCGUUACUGGCAAGAUAUAUCACUUGAAGUAUUUUCCUCCCGACAAUGAAGAAGUUGCUGCCAGACUUACACAGCGCUUUGAUGAUACUGAAGAAAGGGUGAGGUUAAGAUUGCAGACUCACCACCAGAAUCUGGAGGAUGUUCUUUCAUUGUAUCAAGAUGUUACAGUUAAGGUGAAUGGAAAUGCGCCAAAGGAAGUUGUAUUUGAUCAAAUAGAUAGACUGCUAAUAGGACUUCUAGAGCAACGGAAGGCUGCUAUAGGAUCUCUAGCCACAUAGAUAACUUUGCAGCAUGGUUAGGCCCCUUUUGAGUUUUGUGAGAUUACAUACUCGCGAAAUUUUUUUUUCUGUGGAUAGGGAAGCCUUAUCUAUUAAUUACAUUUUUACUAUGACUCUGUACAAAAGCAAUAAACAUGAGAAAACAUCAUUAUGUAGUGUUACGAGGUGGCUUGAGACCAGAAAAGCUUGUACUGCAUUUAUUUUCAUCUUACCCAAUGUCGUAGUAUCAAUAAAAUGAUUGAAAUGGGAUUUCAAGGAAGAGUGA